AUGGGGACAAAGCGCGCGGAGGAGAACAAACAACAUGGAGCGCCGCCGCACAAGGCGCAGCAGCAAAAUUGGCAGCACAUGGUGGCCGGUGCGAUAGCGGGAAGCUCGGCAGUGCUGCUGCUGCACCCGUUUGACGUAAUCAAGACCCGACUCCAGGUCCAGGAUGGCGUGCAAGGGGCCCUCCCCAGCUACCGCGGCGCCACCCACGCCGUGUCCACCAUCCUGCGCCAGGAGGGCUGGAAAGCGCUCUACUCGGGCCUGGCACCUGCGCUUGUUGGGUCUGGCGUGUCCUGGGGCGCCUACCUGUACCUCUACGAACAUGUCAAGGCGUGGCACAGGGGCUGGCAGAAGACGGAGCGGCUGGCGGCGGGAUGGAACCUGCUCAGCGCCGCGCAGGCCGGCGCGAUGGUGUGCCUCGUGACCAACCCCAUCUGGCUGGUCAAGACGCGCAUGGCGCUGCAGCGCACGGCGCCUACGGCGGGCAUCGUCCCUUACAAGGGCCUGGCGGACGCGCUGGCGCGCAUCUGGCGUGAGGAGGGCGUGAGGGGCUACUACAAGGGCAUAGGGCCGUCCCUGCUGCUGCAGACCAGCCACGGCGCCAUCCAGUUUGCUGUCUACGAGGAGCUCAAGCAGCUCGCGGCCACCACGCAGUGGCACUGGUCCGGCUGGCGGCCGCAGCUGCAGGCGUACGACGGGGGGCCGCCCGGCGGCGAGGGGAGCGGCGGGGGGGCGGAGGGGCAGGGGGCGGUGCGGCAGCUGAGCUCGCUGGAGGUUUCGCUGUACGGGGCCCUCAGCAAGCUGAGUGCGGCGGUGUCGACGUACCCCACUCAGGUCGUGCGCUCCCGGCUGCAGCAGCGCUUUGAGGCCGGUCGCGCGCUGGUGUACCGUACCACCGGCGAGGCGGUGUCACUGACGUGGCAGCGCGAGGGCCUGCGCGGCUUUUACAAGGGGCUCGCCCCCAACCUGCUGCGCGUGAUGCCGCAGUCGGCGAUAACGCUGACCGUGUACGAGGGGCUCCUGCAGUGGCUGGCGGACGCGGACGCUCAGGCGCGGCAGAAGCAGGAGCGGGCGCAGCGGCGAGACGGCAGCGGCGGCGGCGGCGGUGGCAACGGCGAGCUGGCCGGCAAGGCUGCGUCGGGGCCGGGGGAGGGACGGGGGCAGCAGCAGCAGCACCAGCAGCAGCGGCGGCGGGCAGAGCUGACGGAUUCGAUGCGGCCGCUAGUGAUCGCCGCGGACUCGCAAGCAGAGCAGUAG